UGAACGUAAACGCAACGUGCUCUUUUCUUGUAUUUAAAUACCAGCCCACUCCCUUCCUCAUUCCCAGUGCGUAGGCUUUAAUAAGAAGUCUGCAAACUAAACUCUGACCCUCCGUCCUCACUAACACCAAAACCAUGGACGUUCGCCGGCGAAAUACCAAACCUAUUCCUUCUUCCCUAGCCGCCGGCGAACAUCUCAAACUACAUAACCACCCUCACUACCAUAACAACACCACCCACACAAAAAACUCCGAUACGCUCGCAGUACUGCCUCUGUACCUCACGAACGGGCUCUUCUUCACCAUGUUUUUCUCGGUCGCAUAUUUCCUCCUCCACAGAUGGCGUGACAAGAUCCGCAACUCGACUCCUCUCCACGUCGUCACGUUACCAGAGAUCGCAGCCAUGGCUGCACUCUUCGCCUCCGUAGUCUAUCUCCUCGGCUUCUUCGGUAUGGAUUUCGUGCUUUCCUUGAUCUCCCGUCCUUCCUGGGACGUAGAAGAGGAAGAAAAAGAGGCACAGAAAAUUAAAACACAGCAUCCCACAUCCAUAGACCAAAUCAUCCUCAAAGAAGACAGCCGUUCGGGACCUUGUGCCGCAGCCAUUAACUGUUCCGUUCUUCCACCGGCGACUCCGUUAUCGGAAGACGACGAGGAAGUAAUAAAGUCGGUGGUUUCGGGCGCGACUCCGUCGUACUCUCUGGAGUCAAAGCUAGGGGAUUGCAUGAGAGCAGCGAAGAUCAGAAGAGAAGCUUUGCAGAGGACGUCGGGAAGGUCACUGGAGGGGCUUCCGGUGGAAGGAUUCGAUUACGAGUCGAUACUGGGACAGUGCUGUGAGAUGCCGGUUGGGUACGUGCAGAUCCCGGUGGGGAUAGCAGGGCCAUUGUUGCUUGACGGGAAGGAGUACGCGGUGCCAAUGGCCACCACGGAAGGUUGCCUGGUGGCCAGCACCAACAGGGGUUGCAAAGCCAUCUAUACAUCUGGUGGGGCCACCAGUAUGCUGCUUAGGGAUGGCAUGACCAGAGCUCCUAUAGUUAGGUUCUCCACUGCCAAGAGAGCUGUUCAGCUCAAGUUCUUCAUCGAAGAUCCACUCAACUUCGAUACUCUUUCUGUAGUUUUCAACAGAUCGAGUAGAUUUGCAAGGUUACAAAGCAUCCAAUGCGCCGUAGCAGGGAAGAAUCUUUACAUGAGGUUCUGUUGCAGCACGGGAGAUGCCAUGGGGAUGAACAUGGUCUCCAAGGGUGUUCAAAAUGUCCUAGAUUUUCUUCAGGAGGACUUCCCCGACAUGGACGUUAUCGGUAUCUCUGGAAACUUCUGUUCGGACAAGAAACCAGCAGCGGUGAACUGGAUCGAAGGGCGUGGCAAAUCUAUAAUAUGUGAAGCAAUCAUCAAAGAAGAAGUAGUGAAAAAAGUAUUGAAGACCAACGUGGCAGAUUUAUGCGAGCUUAACAUGCUUAAAAACCUCACUGGUUCUGCCAUGGCUGGUGCUCUCGGAGGGUUCAAUGCCCACGCAAGCAAUAUUGUCUCUGCUGUUUAUAUAGCCACUGGUCAAGAUCCAGCUCAGAAUGUUGAAAGCUCGCACUGCAUCACAAUGAUGGAACCUGUUAACGAUGGCAAAGAUCUUCAUGUAUCCGUCAGUAUGCCUUCCAUUGAGGUGGGCACGGUUGGAGGAGGGACCCAACUUGCAUCUCAAUCAGCUUGCCUGAAUCUACUUGGUGUAAGAGGUGCGAACAAAGAUUCACCAGGUUCAAAUUCAAGACUAUUGGCCACAAUUGUUGCUGGUUCAGUCCUAGCAGGAGAGCUUUCUCUCAUGUCUGCUCUUGCAGCUGGGCAGCUAGUUAGGAGUCAUAUGAAAUAUAACAGAUCUAGCAAGGAUGUCUCUAAAAUGGCCAAUUAAUAAACAACCCUCCCAAAAAUAAAAAAUAAAAAUAAGGGGGGUUAAUAAUUAAAUAAAAGAGACAGAAUUAAAAUAAAAAAUAAAAAUAAAAAGGAGGAAAAGAACUUAAACCAAAGGAAAAACAACAAAACCUUUGGAAAAAAAGUCUCAGAAAGACAAGGUGGGGAGGGUGAAAAUGAUAAUGGGGCAAUUGAAAGAUGUAUGUAUGUGGUGGAUAUGAAAAUUAGAAUUGACAUCAUGCUGGCGAUGAGACAGUGAAAUAAUAUGCAAAAUAUUGAAUUGGAGACAAAGGCACGUGCACAUAGUUAUACUAAUAUAGUUUAAUGACCGUGUCACGAUAAAUGUCUGAGGCUGUACGUUCUGUUUCCCAAUAGCCUAAGAAAUAUGUAGCUGCAUGCUGUGGUAGGUAUACCAUGGUAGAUUUGCCUUCAUUUUUCAUUUAUGUAUUUGUAUUUUAAAAAAAGCCACUUGUUGAAAACAAGUGACGGUCCUUAAUUUUUUGUUUUGUUUUUUUUGUUUUUUUUUUUUUGUCUUUCCAGUUCUUGUAAUUCGCUAUCUAGAUGUAAUGUUGAUAAUUAAUUAGCCGUAGAAUAUGUUUUUAUCAUUUUCAGAUUGUAUCUUUAGAAGUGAUAAACCAUCUUGGAAUAGAUUGGGAAUUUGUGGUC